GUGGUUUCGGUGUUUCCUGACUUUUCCGAACUAUCCCCUGACUACUUGGGCAGAAACGGCCACUCUGCUUUAGGUACGUCCAGGAUGGAAAGAUGUCCGCCUCGGGAUCCCUGACGAGGUGGCCACGGACCUAUUACCCCAGCAAAGAAAACCCGGAAGUCCUGUCGUCUGUUCUCGGUACAAACGCUUCGGGUCCUCUUCGGCCGCCGUAGGCCGGCUGGGAGGCUGGGAGAGGGUCCAGAAGUGGAAGAAUUCGCCGAAGUGUAGGCUCUGAGAUCCCGGAGGCUUCACGAAAAAGAAAUCAGGAAAUCUUUUGGAAGAUCAGGAUUAAUAAAAUCUAGAAAGGUAAGGUGUCUAUUAAAGAUAAGGAUAUUGUCCUUCCUGCAAGUUCACUAUCUGCAUACACACGCAGCCAACAGGUCCCGGCACCAGGAGGAAGGUACAUCAAGUGAAGGAAAAGAGGAGGUUUCAGGACUUCAGUAUCAUCAUUCGUAGGGACACCAUUACUAUAGACUAAGAUUUCUAAUAAGAAAUUAGUACAAUUCAAGAAGAGACUACGGACACAGCUUCCUAGUUACUGGCCAUUUGCCAGUAAUAGAAUAAAAUGAUCAAGGCCCAGGAAUCAUUGACCCUGGAAGAUGUUGCUCUGGAGUUCACCUGGGAGGAGUGGCAGCUCCUAGGUCCCACUCAGAAGGACCUGUACUGGGACGUAAUGUUGGAGAACUACAGUAACCUGGUGUCAGUGGGAUAUCAAGCCAGCAAGCCAGAUGCAUUCUCCAAGUUGGAACAAGGAGAACUAUGGACAGUAACAGAUGAAAUCCACAGUCAAAUCUAUCCAGAAAUCAAGAAAGUUGACAGUCAUCUACAGGUACACUCACAAAACCAAAGAUAUCUGAAUAGAGUGGAGCACAAUAGUGCAUUUGGAAACAUCCUUCAACAGAGAAAACAUAAUAUUCCUUUAAGGCAAAAUCAUGACACAUUUGACUUACAUGAGAAAAUUUUAAAAUCAAAUUUAAGUUUAAUCAACCUGAACAUAAACUGUGAAAUCAAGAAUUCUAUUGAGCUUAAUAGAGAUGAGCAAUCCUUCCUCCAUGACAAGUGUGAGCAAUUUCAUAAUGAAAUGAAAUUGCCUCAGUGUGGAAAUUUUAUGAAUAUAAAUUCACAACUCAUUAAGCAUCAGAGAACUGAAAAGAUAGAUAAGCCUCAUAUAUGCAAUGACUGUGGGAAGGCCUUCCUCAAAAAGUCUCGCCUCAUUGAUCAUCAGAGAGUUCAUACAGGAGAGAAGCCUCAUGGAUGCAGUAAAUGUGGGAAAGCUUUCUCCAGAAAAUCCAGACUCACUGAACACCAGAAAACUCAUAUACGAGAGAAACAGUAUGAAUGCACUGAAUGCAACAAAGCAUUCCGUUGGAAAUCACAGCUCAUUGCACAUCAGAAAAUUCACACUGGAGAGAAACCCUAUGUAUGCAAUGAUUGUGGAAAAGGCUUCAUUAAAAAGUCUCGGCUCAUUAAUCAUCAGAGAGUUCAUACAGGAGAGAAACCUCAUGAAUGCAGUCUGUGUGAGAAAGCAUUCUCUAGAAAGUCCAGGCUUAUUGAACAUCAGAGAACCCAUACAGGAGUGAAACCCUAUGAAUGCACUGAAUGUGACAAAGCAUUCCGUUGGAAAUCACAGCUCAAUGCACAUCAGAAAACUCAUACAGGGGAGAAAUCAUAUAUAUGCAGUGAUUGUGGGAAAGGCUUCAUUCAGAAGGGCAAUCUCAUUGUACAUCAGCGAACUCAUACUGGAGAGAAACCUUAUAUUUGCAAUGAAUGUGGAAAAGGCUUCAUCCAAAAAGGCAAUCUCCUUAUACAUCAGCGUACUCAUACUGGAGAGAAACCCUAUGUAUGCAAUGAUUGUGGAAAAGGUUUCAGUCAGAAGACAUGCUUAAUAUCUCAUCAGAGAUUUCACACAGGAAAGACUCCCUUUGUAUGUACUGAGUGUGGAAAAUCCUGCUCACAUAAGUCUGGUCUCAUUAACCAUCAGAGAAUUCAUACAGGCGAGAAACCCUAUACAUGCAAUGACUGUGGGAAAGCUUUUAGAGAUAAGUCAUGCCUUAAUAGACAUCGGAGAACUCAUACAGGAGAGAGACCCUAUGGAUGCUCUUACUGUGGGAAAGCUUUCUCACACUUAUCAUGCCUUGUUUAUCAUAAAGGAAUGCUGCAUGCAAGAGAGAAAUGUGUAGCUUCAGUCAAGUUGGAAGUCUCAGAGAGUCACAGCUCAUCAUGUACAAGUGAUCUUAUUCAGGAUAAAAAUCCUGCUAACAUGGUGACUGCGCAGAUGCCUUCUGUGACUGCUCAGACUUCAUUAAAUAACAGUGAGUUCCAGACUGAUAGCAGUGUAGCCAUUGUGGGACAGCCAGUUGCCAGAUAUUUGCCCUCAGCAAACAACAGAAUUUGCACAGAGGAGAAAUCUUAUGAAUGCAUUGAAUGUGGUAGUGCUUUUAGUGAUCAAUUACAUCAUACUUUAUGUCACGAAAAACACACAGGAAAAAAUGUUGAUACAUUCAAGGUAGAAAACUUGUGAGUAAAACCUAGCUUAUGAUUAUGAGGCUAAUAAGCAUAUAAAAUGAGAGCAAAAUAGUGUGAAUGCAGAGACUGGAAAAGUCUUUAUGGGAAGAUAGACCCUAUCUAUCUAGAGUCUGUCUUCAGUGAUUAUAAUUACACAUCAUCAGUGAACUCAUAGUUGGUAGAAAUAUAAUGAUCAUGGAAAGGAAAAGUCUUUGCUGAGACAUACAAGACCUCAGUAGGUGUUAGAAAAUUGAUGCAGGAGACAAACUGUUGGAAGACUUGUAGGCCAUGAAUGUGGCAGGGUUGGCACUAGUACAUUCUGCCUCAUCAAGUGUGAGAUGAAAUCAUAUGGAAAUAAAACUGAAACACUAACAUCUUCAAACUAAGAGAGAACACAUGGAACAAGCCCUAUGACAGUGAAUGUGUUAAAGAUUUCUGCAUAAAUGUAACAUCAUUAUAUAGCAAGUAAUAAACAGGAAUUGUAUUGUAGGACAGUAUACCUUGAAUCAAACUCCUAGUUGGUAUGUAAUUGACUCCUUAGUUAAAAGGAGGUUGUCAACUGGGUGUAGCUGCUCAUGCCUGUAAUCCUAGUACUCUGAGAGGCCACGGUGGGUGAAUUGCUUGAACUCAGAAGUUUGAGACCAGCCUGAGCAAGAGGGAGACUCUGUCUCCACUAAAAAUAAACUAGCUGGGUGUUAUAGGGCAUGCCUGUAGUUCCAGCUGCUCAGGAGGCUGAGGCAAGAGGAUCUCUUCAGUCUAAGAGUUUGAGGUUUCUUUUUCUGUGAGCUAGACUGAGGCCAUGGCACUGUAGCCUGGAUGACAGUGAGACUCUGUUUCAAAAAAUAAUAAUAAGAGGUUGUCUGUGUUUCGUAUCAUUGGUUAAAUUUAUAACAUAAUGCACUCUUCCCCACUUUUGGCAUGAAUCUUCUACUUUCAGACAAGACCAUAUUAUGAUUAGCUCAUGUUUUGCUUUGAUUACUAAAUUUAUUAUUUUAGGCUCUGAAAUCCUUCAAAAGGAAACUAUGAAUAUAUUUAAUUCUGUAACAUAGCACAACAUGUUUUAAUGUGUUUGAACUUAAAAAUACUGCCCUAGAGGAAUGAAGUUCAAAGUUCAUGGAUAACCAAUCAGCUAUGCUGUUACCUUAUAAGUUAGUUUUCACCCUAAUCCCAUGGUUUGUUUUAUUGUUGGUAUACAUGACACUCAAAUGUUUUCCCUAAUUUAUUCCCUUUAUAAGAACUGUAGGUGAUGGCAUUGAUGAACAAAAUUUUGAGCCAGAACUUUUUAAAGCUAUAUUAUAUGCAUAUAGCAGUUUUACCUUCCAACAAAUGUAUAUACCUGUGUUAGUUGAAAGGGACAUACAGUAUGAGGAUCAAAGUGUCUGAUAAUUUCUUGUUAAAGGGACAUUAUUAUUUGGAGUGAGAAGGGGAAAAGACACAAUUUUACUUACAUAAAAUAGGAUAUGAAUACUUUUUUUAAAAUGUCCGUGUCUUAUCUCUACGCAGAUUUUAAAUUCCCUGAUAGUUUGUAGAUAAUUGUGUAUUCCCUAGCACAUAACAACAUAGAAAUCAAUUAUAUGUAGAUUUGGAAGGUGAAUGACAACGCAUGAUUGACCCAAUGGUUAGUCAGUCAAAAUCGUCUCUAUAGGAAAGGGGCUACACUACUGGAAAGAAAUUCUAACAAUUGGUAUUACUCUAAAAGCUUUUCUUAAAAAGUCCUAGACAAGGCCAGGUUUCACGAACCAGCACGAAGAGUAAUUGUACCAAAGUGGGAGUGGUGGGAAAAUGAAGAAAAUAAGACACAUAGAAGACAAAGAUCACACAAGAGAUCAGGAUGCAACUGGGAGGUCUGGCACAACUGAUGACUGCAGCCAGCACCUAACUGUGUGGACAGCUUUCUUUAUAUAGUAUCUAAACAAGUUUGCUUAUACUAACAAUGUUGCAAAUCAGCAGGGAAAGCCAGUGGGAAUAUUUUCAUCUUACAAGAUUAAGGGGAAGUAAUAAUAUCUGGGGUAAAGGUUAACCUUAAGGCCAGAAGGCUAUGUGCUUUAAAUAUAUAAAAGCUAUGUGACUUCUGGCAGAGAGAGCAAGGAGAAAGGACUAUUGCUGUUUUAAGAAGGGAGGAGAAGCAGUUGGAGGCUGUUCCUUGAACAAGCCUCCCAGGCUGUGGGGGGUCUUGCCACCUCAAAAUCCACAUCUCCCUUUUGAUUUCUUAGUGCCAAUUUGUGAACAAAUGAUUUUAGUUGGAAGAGUUGCUUGACUCUGACUCUGCAAAAGAAUAACAAGAAACAAUAGCUAUCAUAACUGUGAAAAGCUUUCCAGGGGUGACUGGCCACAACAUUGCACAGGAUCAGUUUCCUUCAUUGGUCAGUUUCUUCAGUUGUCCCCAUGUCAGAGGCUUCAUCUUCUUGGACAUCUUGGCUUGGCAGUAGAUCAUUUGGGGUAUCAAUCUCAGCUUCUUUAUUGGUGGCACUGGAAGGUCUUCUGGGUCCAUGUCUAAACCAUCAUUCAGGGAGCCAACAAGGGCUGUCAGCUGUUCUAGGAAACACACAAACAUGUCUUCUCCCACAUAUUAGACCAGGUUCAGGCCCUUGCCAACUACCAGAGGGUCCUUCCAUAGACUUCAGAAUGUUUAAAAGUAGGUGCAUUCCGAAAUUUCUCUACUGCUGUGUGCCCCUGGAUAUCAACAUUUAAAAAAUUUAAAAAGAGCAUGAGAAAGAAGAUUAUGAGGUGCAUUGGGGUAUACCUCUCCCAUUUAUAAUGUAUUCAGUUGAAGUUUAAGAGUACGGCACCGUUCUUUGAGAGUAAAGGCAGCCAGCAUUUCAUAAUAUGGAGAUAAAACCCAUUUUGGUGUUGUGCUCAAAUGUACUCAUUCUAAAGGACCCAAGAAGUCUCAAGAACAAAGCAGUAGGCAUAUGAGAAGUAGGAAAAAUUAGUAGAUACAGGAAAACAGGGUCAAUAUGAGUUGUGCUCUUUGCAACACAUGGUCAGCCUUGGUAAGAGCUUUUAUUGCAGUGGGUGUUGAGGAACAAGAAGAGGAAAAGGUUAGCUGGUCCUUUAAGAAUGUUAUAAGGGGGGUUUUAAGUCUACUGUGGUAAAUUUUGUUGUUGUUUCUGAGACAGUUUCACUAUGUCACCCUCAGUAGAGUGCCGUGGCAUUUCAGCUCACAGCAACCUCAAACUCUUGGGCUUAAGCGAUUCUUUUGCCUCAGCCUCCCAAAUAGCUGGGACUACAGGCACUUGCCACAAUGCCCAGCUAUUUUUUGUUGUUGUUGUUGUAGUUGUCACUGUUGUUUGGCAGGGCCAGGCUGGAUUCAAACCCACCAGCCCCAGUGUAUGUGGCUGGCACCCUAGCCACUGAGCUACAGGCGCUGAGCCUCCUGUAGUAAGUUUUGAUGAGGGAUGGAGCGGCUGUACAUAACCAAAGGUGGUCAGGGAGUCCUGUAAUUGGGUGAGAAUAAUGGUCAGAAUAAAAGAAUCAGGGUGGGUGGGCAAAAUGUCAUGUAUAUAAUGAAUAAUGUAAGCAGGAAAUUCUUCAGACCAUGUGCUUGAUUUUUCCUGGGGAGAGUCAGUACAUUUAUUUUAUCAUUCUGUUUUUUAUUUUAUUUUAUUAUUGGUUACAAAAUCUAAGACCAUAUACAAAAUGAGGAACAUAUUUAGAUACCUCUUUUGAAAGAAUGUUUUAGUCUUUUUUAACUCAGUUUUAAAAAAAACAGUAAUGCAAUCUUUAAACAUGAUUUUGAAAACUUAAAAGUGCAGCAGUAUACUUAGUUUCCUUUAUAUGAAAUGGUGCGAUUCUAAUUCAAAACUGAUAAGGUCAUAACAAAUUGUGUCCUUACUACUUGAUGCUAAAGUUCAUGUAUAUGUUAGUUUGCACUUAAAAUACAAGGAGAAAUGGGAAUUGUCACAGUAGAGGCCAAAUUUUAUUUUUAAAUUUUAUUUAUUUAUUUAUUUGCAGUUUUUGACAGGUUUGAACCCGCCACCUCUGGUAUAUGGGACUGGUGCCCUACUCCUUUGAGCCACAGGUGCCACCCUUUAAUUUUUUUUUUUUUUUUUUUUGAGACAGAGUUUCACUGUGUCACCCUUGGUAGAGUGCUGUUGUGUCACAGCUCACAGCAACCUCAAACUCUUGGGCUUAAGCCAUUCUCUUGCCUCAGCCUCCAAAGUAGCUGGGACUACAGGCACCUCCACAACGCCAGGCUAUUUUUUGUUGCAGUUGUCGUUUAGCAGGCCCUUCCAUAACCACUGAACUACAGGCGCCGAGCCCCAGUUUUAAUCUUAAUGUGUGCAAAUUUUAAAAUGUAACUGUCAGUUAAGUACAGAGAGUUCAAAAGAAACUAAGCAGAAAGGGGGUACAAUCAUAAUAUCAGGAAGAUUUGGACAUUAAGGGUUUCACUGAAGUUUGUGAUUUUAAUGAGCUUUGAUUUGUUAUUCUUACUUUUGGAGAAGUACAUAGUUUCAAAAUUUGAACAGGAUGCGGUUACCUUAUGAAGCUUGAACUCAAAAUAUGGAUAAAGAAAAAGAAGGCACGGCUAGAUGCAGUGGCUCAUGCCUGUACUCCUAGCACUCUGGGAGGCUGAAGCAGGUGGAUUGCCUUAGCUCAUAGAUUUGAGACCAGCCGGAACAAGAUUGAGACUUUUUCUCUAAAAAUAAAUAGCAGGGCAUUGUGGUGGGUGCCUGCAGUCCAGCUACUCAGGAGGCUUAAACCCAAGAGUUUGAGGUUGCUGUGAGCUAUGACGUCAUGGCACUCUGAGGGUGAUUGAUGAGACUCUGUAACCAGGCUUUCUCAUCCUGGAAAAGGAAAAAAUAGGUAAGGAAUGUUACACAUUCACUGGGAAAUUGGACAUGAAGUAUUCUGGUGAUUGUUAAGUUGGUGGGGGAGAGUACUUGUAAUUCCCAGUGAGAGUCCUCUAGUGUUGGAAGUUUUUCUGCAGGGUACAAUUUUAUUUAGGAUUGGUGUCAACUAAUUUGUUGACGCCAAUAAGCAUGAUCUGAAGAACUAAAAUCUGUAGCACCUCUAGGGUGAGGUGACAAAAUAGAAUCAGUGGGAUGAAAGGGAGAAGUAAAAGCUGAGCAAUUUUCAUAUCAGGAGAAAUGGCAACAAUGUUCUGAGUGGUAUGAGCCAUGACUUUAAUCUCUCCCAUAUAGUCAGAGUCAAUCACUCCUGGCAAAACAAAUCUUCCAUAGGCAUACUACUGCGCCCUAAAAGGAGACCAACUGUAUUGUUUGGAAGAGGUCCAAAUGUGCCAGAAGGAAUGGCUUGUGGACCCAUUUUAGGUGUUAAUAUGUAUCUGGUGGAGGGACUGAGGUCCAGUCCUGCACCGUCCUUGAUUACUCUGGACGGUUGGGAGAUUGCAGCGGAUCUGCUUGAGCUUGCAGGGGUGGCAGAAUUUGUUGUGGGUGAAAGAACAUUGUCCCUAUUGUUUGCCAGGGCUGGGGUUGGUGCCAUAGUCUGUUUCUUGAAAUGGAAUGUCCAUUAGCAUCAGAUUUACAUCUGCACUCACUAGUGCAGUGUUUGCCAUGAUGACACUGAGGGCACAAGGUUGAAAGGGCUUGAGCAGAGGCAUGGCGAAAAUUAGCUGAAGACUGAUUGGUAGCAGCUAUAGAAGCUGUUACUGGAUAAUUUUUAAUGAAAGAGUGGACUGCUCACAAAGAAACAGCCUCUGCUUUGAUGUUGACUAUUGCAUGGUUUAAAAUGGUGAUAUUUAGGUAUCAAAGCCUGCAUCUUUUAAAACCGUGGCCAUAGUCAGACCUUGGAUAUAAGAAGGUCCUAUGUCAGCACAAAUUCUAAUAUAAUCAGAAAAGUUUCCUUUCUUUCUGUACAGAGGAAGAGUGGAUUGACAAGCUGAAUUAGCAUUUUCAUGUUAGUUGUUUAACAGGAAUCAUCCCUACUUCAUCAAGGACAAGGUGACCAACUGCCUAUAAAAGGCAAGAGAUAAAAUCUUGUUAAGGUUCAUCAGGCCCCUGUCUAAUCUUACUUAAUUCUUUAGUUUUAAUGCUGGAGUUAGGCAACUUCCUCCAAGCUUGUAAUGCUAAUCGAGUAAUUUGUUGGUAGGCUUCAGGAGGAUAAUUUAAUUGAGCUGCCAUAGAGGCUUGAGGUACUUCUCCCAGAAGAACAUCUGCAGUUGAAAGGGAUAUUUUGUUGCUGAGUAUGUUCUGCCUGAUAUCCAGCAGGAUCAGCCCAGUCUGAUUUCCAUAAUAAGUAAUCACCACCAGAAAGACAUACUUUUGCAACAGACUUCCAAUCAUUAGGAGGGGAAGCAUUAUUAGACAAAAUAUCCACUAAGGCAAGAGUCAAUGGAGCAGUUGGACCACACUGUGCAAGCCUGUUUCAGUUCUCUGAGGGUUUUAAAAGAAAGGCUGAUGCUGGUGAGCUCCAUUGCCUUGUUGAUCAACAGUUUCAGUAACUGGAAAACAGGAAAAGUCAUCUAAAGAAUUUCUUUGUAUAUGAGCUUGUUCCAAGGUCAGUUGACUUGGAAUGUCUAGACAGAACAAAGGAGGAGGUGAUAGUAGAAAUUUAGAAAAGGGGGUGGGGGUCACAUGGCAGACUUAGAUGGAGGGGAGACAUGAAGUCCACCCAUAACCAAUAGCCCAGAGGGAUCAGGGUCUUCAUCUGAAACAGAAGAGGAAUGCUCCUCUUCAUACUUUUGUUCUUCAUUCUGCAAUUCUUGUUGACAUUCAAAGGGAAGGGGUUUAUCAUACUAAGGUCUUUCUGCCAGAGUAGAAGGGGAAACACUUACCAUGUGAAAAGGAGGACCCUUCUGUUCAUAAUUCAGAUCAAAUCGUCCGUGCGUGACUAGUCCCCAAAGUGAGAAAGCAUCAAUAGGAACAUUAGAAGGUCUGUUGGCUGUAUAAGAACACAGUUUCUCCCCUACUCUGUGCCAGGUAGUGGUAUUAGCAGUGCCUUCCUCAGGGAACCAAGGACAAACUUCUUGAAUAAAGUGAAGAAACCAUCUAUUUGGGUGACAUGAAUAUGCCAGCCACAGGUUUUUAACAUAGACUUAAGCAUUAGAAUGAAGAGUUCUUGCUCCUUUGAGCCUGUUUCAUAAUUUGUUACUCCUGAUGAUGAUUUCCCCCGAAAACAAAUUUACUUACAAAUUGUGCAGUUUCACUUUCCUUCUCACAGGGGAUUCCCUCACCUGUGUGCACCUACUAUCCCAUACUUUGGUCCCUGGUCAGGUGCCACCUUUUGUGAACCAGCGUGAAGAGUAAAUGUACCAAAGUGGGAAUGGUGGGGAAUGAAGAAAAUAAGACACAUAAAAGACAGGUCACACAGGAGAUCAGGAUGCGAUUGGGAGGUCUGGCACAGCUGAUGACUGCAGCCAGCACCUAACUGUGUGGACAGCUUGCUUUAUAUAGUAUCUAAACAAGUUUGCUUAUACUAACAUUGUAAAUCAGCAGGGAAAGCGAGUGGGAAUAUUUUCAUCUUACAAGGUUGAGGGGAAGUGAUAGUACGUGGGAUAAAGAUUAACUUCAAGGACAGAAGGGUAUGUGCUUUUAGGCAAAAGAUAGAAAACUAUACAGAAGCUAUGUGACUUCUGGCAGUGGGAGCAAAGAAAAACGAGUAUUGCUGUUUUAAGAAGGGAGAAGCAGUUGGAGGCUGUUCCUUGAACACACCUCCAGGGCUGUGGGGGUCUUGCCAUCUCACAAUCCACACUCUGGGCUGUAGGAGUCUUGCCACCUCACAAUCCACACUACACAGCCAGGCAAGGUGGCUCAUGCCUGUAAUCCUAGCACUCUGGGAGGCCAAGAUGGGUAGAUAGCUUGAGCUCCCAAGUUCAAGACCAGCCUGAGCAAGAAUGCAACCCU